AUGGAGACAGCUGAAGAAUACACUGGACGACCCUCCUUCACCAGAAGGUCUCCAUCUCCAGCUGGAAGACCUUCCCCAGCUAUAGGAGCAACGGGAAAUUCGGCUCGAUGCGUUUCGACAGCCUCCGAAGGCUCAGUCUUCUCUGGCAGAUCAAGUGCAAUGAGUCGUGCGUCUGAGCAAAGUUCGGUUGGAAGCUCGGUUUCUCGAUCUUCGUCUGCGAGUUAUGGAAAUAGAACAUCUAUGGCAGGUCAGGAAAAGCCGAAACGACGUGGUUAUGUUCGACCACAAGGAACCAAUUUUGCAAAGUCGGCACAAUCGAGAGAGAGUGUUUUGAGCUUGGGAAGCAUCGCACAUUUACAGUAUUACUUCGCUCGAACCGGUCUGCUGGACGGGAAAGGUGGGCGAUUAAUGAAGAAGAGGAAGGAUGGCAGAGAGACUCUAGAUUUAUCGGUCUUGGACACGUCAUUCCUCGUACCUGGCUCGGGGUCUGAUGCGGACUCAUCAUAUGCUUCCACGGCUAGCAGCCCAGAGCUCUCUGCUGCACAAUUUGGCGGUAUGAUGACGGAUAGUCCUAUUCACGACUAUAAUGAGGAUGUGGAUGAAUAUUUUAGCGGCGAAGAAGACGACAAUCCCUUACAUAUGCUCCCUCCGACUGCAAGUACCUAUAUUCAUCGCGAGAAAGUCGUUGCACCUCCCCCAACUCUGAAUCAGCUCAGGCAGGGGUUGGUAGACGCUCUCAAUAAUGCUACUGCAGCUUUAGAAGACGCAAAGCAUGCAAGAACUCCCCCGGCCUCUCCCUUACCAACAUCCAAAGUCGAAAAUGCAAAUCCCGCAACUCCUGAUGCUAAGCAGAAAGGGUGGUUUGAGGUACAGGGUAUGAAUAUGCUGGAUAUUAUGACUCUUGCUAUUCGUGCCGCGAAAAUGUACUAUACCGCCCAUGAACAUCCUGAACGCCUCUUAGCAAUCAAAUCGGAGAAAGAAAUUCGUGGAGAGCUAUUAUCUGUCCUCGAGGUUUUAAAACGCAUGGCUACUCGAGGAUUCGCCAAUGGAAUACGCACUGAAGAGAGGGAAACGAUGGAUAACUGGGUUGACGGCGUACGCAACAUGCUUAGACGGGAGAAAAUCCUUGAGGAAGAAGAGCGCAAAUUAAUAGCGAGUUGGACGUGGCUUCAUGCCGAUGGUUGGGCAGGAAAGGAGAUCGAAAGAGAGUAUGCAUUCUUGAAAUCUAUGGAUCCGGAACCCGAUACCCUGCCACCACUAUCAUUAGUGGACGGCGUAAAAGAUGACAGUCUACUUCCUACACCAUUUCUGGCGGAAAUGAAAACAGGCCUAAGAUUAGUGAAGCUUCAUAAUGCAGCAGUCAAGAAAAGCAAAAGACCAUUUGGAGCAAUAUCUACGUUCCAUACUGAAUUUAACAAGCCAUAUCGAUCGGCCGAGAACCUUCGAUUCUGGGUCAAGGCCGCUGAGUUGAGAUGGGAAGCAGAUGUCAAAUUUGACGUUAUGGGAGUUGUAAAUAGCGAGGACCGUGAUGCAUGGGAAGGAUUCGAAGAAGUAAUUUGGAAAUGGUGUCGAACGGUUAGGGAAGAAUUAUCGGAAGAACUCAAAAGACCAAGAAAAAUGUCUAUUAAGGUCUAA